UGAUGUCCUCCACGCUGAACACGUCUAUAGUCUCCAUCUACGACAUGAUGGUGGAGCGUCAUAUUAGGCUGCGCCGUGAAUUAGAAGAGAAGGAAGCUGUCAAGGCUGCAAAUACAAUGACGCGCAGAAUCAAAGAAGACCGUUCAGUCGCUGAAGUCAAUAAGCCACCCAUCAAAUCCAAGUCCAUCAAGAUAUAUACGCGCGAAUGCGAGUCUCCUCGACCGGCAAACGCAAUCACAGCUGCCCAUCUGACCAAAAAGCCGACUUCCUUGCUGGUUCAGCCGCCGUCGGAGAAGGAAGUGAUCAAAAGACUAGUCGAGAAGAUUGCCAAGGGACGUGUCAGGACCCAGCCCGAAUUGAGUGACCGCAAGUCGAGCAAGACGAAGCUGGUACUCAGCAGUCGACGGAGGAAGAUGGCGGCCCAACAAACACUUUCCGGCAAACAGAAGCUGGCCAAACCGAACUCCUCUCGGAUCAAACGCAUGCCACUUUCUCCAAGGAAGGAAGAAUUUGUCCCGAACGUCGAGCCGCCGCGGACCAAAACACCAAAGAUGAAAGCGUCGAAGACUUCGGAGAAGAAGACCCGUCUACAAAUGCAAAGCUCCAAGCUAGAUACCUCCAGAAAGGCAACAGAAUCGCACACUAAUCGCUGGCGAGUCUAAAAACAAAAGAUCUUCGGCAACUAUGCAUAUGGAACGUAGUUCUGGUUCCAUUGCCAAUACUUAAAUUUCCGCUUAGUAAUCAAAAGAUUUAACACAGUGAUCUCUCAUGUGAUGGACCGCACUAAAUAUCACAUGAACGCGAUCAAAAUUGUACAUCUGUGGUUAUAUCUAAUGUAUACAGAUGAAUAAAAUAACAUUAAUGCAAACUAAAUUUAAAAUAAAUAUAAAGAUAAUGGCUCCAGAGU